GGACUCUCUAUUAAUGCUGGCCUAUCAGGGGCUGGCGGGUCUGCAUCCGGAGCACGUUUCAAGGAUCUGCCCCACUCCCAGGUGCCUGUCUGUGCCUGAAUGCAGGCCUGGCCCGCCCGACUGGCGCCAAAUCGGGACCCUGGGGCGCAACACGCCCAGUAAACACCAAGCUCGAUUCAUUGGUGAUCACCUCUCGUGCCCCCCUUACCCAGCGAACCAUCCCGACAGGCGACGGCAACAACCCACGCCCAUUGCAAUACCGUCUAACAUGACAUUGCGGCGAUAAUCUCGACGAGCCUUCCGCCUGCGACACUGGUACUUUUGCCCUUUCGACUCUUGCGACUGCCCGGUCAAAAAACCAUUCCGGUGAACACGACAGCGCCAACAGCACCUCCACGAGACGCCCGCGGCGACGACGACGACGACGACCAACACCCCCACGAUGGACCAGGCAGACAUUCCCGCGCUGCUUUCGCGGCUGGCCAGCGAUGAGGACGCCGCGCGCAAGAUGGCCGUCUUCAAGCUGCAGUCCUCAAUCAACGACCCUGCCUUUGCCGACGUCUUCAUUUCCGCGGGAGGCCUGAUCAUCCUGCGGCGGCUCAUCAUGACUGCGGGCGGCAACACGCUCGCCUACUCGCUGCAGAGCCUGACGCGCGUCCUCGAGGUCGACAUGGGCUGGGAGAUUUUCGAGGGUCCCACGGCCGGCGACCUCGUCGAGCGCAUCGUCGAGCUCGUCGUCACCAACCCGCUCGUCAAUAUUCUCAGGGGCGCAAUGUCCAUCCUCGUCGCCCUCGUCAGCCACUCGCAGUCCGCGCCCGCGCCGACGUCGCCGACGACAUCUACCGCCGGCACCCUCGGCGCCGCCAAGGCCCCCGGCUCCUUUGGCUUCCGCGCCCUCAAGCCCGCCGUCGCCGUGUACCCGCAGUUCUUCGGCCUCGUCAUCCAGCAGCUGCACUCGGCCGACCACUCGCUCUGCGCCAACGCGCUGAUGCUCAUAAACGCCCUGAUCCGGGACGCCGUGUCGAACGAGGGCGGCCAGCAGCGAGACGGCGCCAGCGGCGCCGGCAAGUCUGCGAGCUCGGGCGAGGACUGGCCCAAGUUCAUCAAGAAGCUGCAGGACCUGGGCCUCAUCAAGGCCGUCUUCAACCUCAUGCAGAGCUCUGCCCUGCAGGACCUGGCGCACCCGCUGCUGGAGUUCCAGUCUCUGACCAAGCUGUUGCUGCGCAAGUGGAAGGAGGUCAAGGUCGACGUGGAGAAGCCGGAGCACAGACGGGCGCUCAAGGGCCUGCACCUGUCCAGUGCGCCGAGCAGGGACCUCAAGGACCUGGGCAGCACGAACCCCAUUGCCAGGAUAGAGGAGCUCCUGGAGAACGGCAAGAAGGGCAGCCGCAAACACAACCCGGAGAAGUGGAGACGGCUCGGCUUCGAGACGGAGAGCCCCGCGAUGGAGUUUGAGGAGACGGGGUUCCUGGGCAUGAUGGACCUCACCGACUACGUGCGCAGGAACGAGGACAACUUCCAGAAGAUGCUGCUCGAGCAGUCCACGAAGCCGCUGCACGAGAGAUGCCCGAUUGCCCGGGCGAGUCUGGCGGUCACGCUGACGCUCUACGAGCACUUCGACUGCGACAAGUCGGACUGGGAAGACGUCCGCGGCUAUCAGCUGACAGACGCCGACCACCAGGACAAGCUUUUCCGGCCGCUCAUACUGCAGUGGUCAAGGAUACAUACUGCAGGUCUGCACGCGUUCUUCCGACUAUGGAAGGCUACCGGGGCCGAGCAAUCCGACUUUGACAAGGUCGCCGAACUCAUGAGAAUAUUAGUCGAGCAAGUCAUUGGCCAGGCAGGCCGGACAAAGGACGUCAUGGAGGUCGAGGAGGAGCUCUUCGAGUACGAGUGCAGCCGGCUGCGGGAGCUGCAGAUGGAGCUUCUGGAGCUCUCGUUUGAGAACCAGUGGGGACAGCAUCUAUACCAGGUCCGCGACGUCCUCAAGCAAGAAGCCCUCACGUUUAUCAAGGAGCAGCGCGUGCGGUGCCUGCUGCAGGGAUCAUGGUUCCAAAAGCCCGCGCCGAGAAAGGAGAGCCGCGCCGCGGCCGACGCUGCUGCCAACGGCGGCGGCCCCGGCGGCGUUGGCAACAGGAGAGCAGCAAACGGCACGCUGUGGCGGUAUGUCAAGCUGUCGCAUAACCGGCGCUAUCUGCACUGGGCGGACUUCGCGCUGCGCACGGCGCAGGAGCCCUCCCUCGACUCGCUCGCCGAGAAGAUUGACUUGCGCACAAUCAGCUCGGUCGUGUCCAACGUGUCGACCACCAGCAAUGACGACGCAAAGAGCGGUGUUAGCGACCCCACGCUCAAGAUGCAGCCGAACGGGAACGGUCUGGGAGGUGCCGCGGGGGGGACCAAACACCUCGCCAAGAUUACGAUAUUCAGCUUCGUCGAGAGUGACAGCAACGGCCACCUGUCCGACCACGACGACAGCGAGCAUCCCAAGGAGCAGCCGCUGCUCACGCUGCACCCGAUCAACCACAGCCUGGCGUCCGAGUGGCUCGACGGCCUGCUCAUGCUGCUCGACCAGUCGCCCAUUACGUCCGAGACCAACAAGAUGACCAAGCUGGUUGAGGACUACGGGAUGAAGAUCCGCCUGCUCAAUGUCAGGAUGGAGGCAGCGUAUGCCGGGCCGCCACCGGGAGCGGGCGAGGUGCCCAGCCGCGAGGGGCUGGAUGAUGAUUACUGGUAUGAUAUAUGAUGAGGGUUUGGUCGGCGGGUGGUGCGCGCAGCCAAGAGAGCUAUUAGCCAGGGAGCCGCCGCGGGAGGUGGAAACGCACGUCCACGUGUCUUCUCACUGGUCUCUAUUAUUUGUUUGAUGAUUUUUACAAGUUCCGGAGAGGAGAGCUAGGACGGUGAUAAUCUUGGCUGCCCUUGUCUUCGGAUUCCCAUGGGAGCGAUUGUAGGCGGAAGCAUUUUGUGUGUUGAGAACGCGAUAUACCCUGAUACAGAGGACGCUGGAAGAUAGCAAUUAAUUGGAGAACUCCGCCUAAUCCACCUGAAGAGAGUUAGUUGCAUGGGACGUGGGAAUUGCAUGCAAGCACCACAUGCCCAAUACCACCACA